AUUAUAUACACACGAAUAGCAUAUUAAAGUUUGUAACAACAUUCCUACUUUAUAUAGCAAACCUUGUAAGCACGAAUACAAGAGACGUCUUUAUGGGAAAGCAGAAGUUUAGAUUAUCACAUAUGAUACCAAAUGCUUGGUUUUACAGGCUUAGAGACAUGAACACUGCCAUGACCGCCACCACCACAGCCAGCGCUCCCCAUAACAAGAACCCCCUUUCAACUUCAAAUAACCACCCAAGAAACUCUUUGUGCUACACCCCUAAACUUUACUCAUCACCCUCAAACAGAACUACUAUCAACAGGCCGCCUGUUCCAAAACAUGUACUCGGUUCCAUAUAUAUUCGACCCACUGAGUCAGCUUAUACUAAUCAAGAUUUGUUUCUUUCCCCUAGUAGCAGUUGCUUUGAUUCUCCUUUGUUCGACUCAAUUCCGCUCUUAGAUAGACCAUUCUCAACCAGUUGUGGUUGUAGAGUGAUCAGUUCUUCAAUCGCGGAUCUUGAACUCGAGUUUAAUGAGAUCUCAUACACCAAAAGUGUUCAAGAUUCAAAUGGGCAUGAGUUGAUUCAAAAGCCUCCUCAAAUCAGAACAAAAUCAAAGAUGGAUACAUCAACUAAGCCCAAGGAGAAUGAUCAAGAAAGUGCAGUGUCCAUCAAAACUAUAGAAGAGAACAUCCACGAUAACAAUAAUAUGAAGACGAAGAAGAAGAAGAAAUUAAUUUCGGGAUCGAAUUCUUCCAAAGUAUGCAAGAAGGUUGUAGGAGAUGAUGAAAAGAAGUUUUCAAGUAGUUGUUGCAUUGUGAAGUCAACUUUUGACCCAUGUAAGGACUUGAAGGAAUCAAUGAUGGAGAUGAUUGUGGACUAUAACAUACGGGAGUCCCAGGAUUUGGAAAAGCUUCUUGCUUUUUACCUCUCCUUGAAUUCAAAUGAGUAUCAUGGUAUCAUAGUGAAAGCGUUUGAGGAAAUUUGGUUGACUUUUAAGUUUCUUGUUUAAUGAAUAUGAAGCCACAUGUCGCCCGCAUGCCUCCCUCUUCCUUCUCAGCAAUCUCUCCUCCAUAUCGGAAUCCUAAGAUCCGCGGACUAAUAAUAAUGGUGUAGGUUUGUUGUCCGCCUGUUAAUUAGGUUAUGACUAGAAAUGUCUUGGCAUGAUGUAAUGUGAUAUCGUGUGUGGGUCUAGUUAGCAUGUGGCUUGGAAAAAAAAUUGUUAGGGAGUUCAUGUUUUUAUCUUAUCCCACUAAAAGGGAGACACUUUGUAACAGAAGCCGAAAACUACUCGGAUUGA